AUGACAAGUUUUUACAGACGAAUGCUACCGAUUCUACUACCUGGGAAGAGAUUGGCGCUUGUUACCGAUCAUUCCCGUAUGAUUCGAAGGUCGCAAACGAGGUUGGUUGCUUUCAUUUAUUUAAAAAAAUUUUGGGUCGCGACAAUUGAGACAUUGCGGGGAUUCCUCAGUUCCUUUUACGCGUUCUUCGAUGAAGCAAAGGAAGAACCGAAACCCGGAUUUACAUUUAGACCCGUAGAUUUGUCGGUUGAACUCGAUCGAUUAUUGGAGAAAAGAUAUGAAAGCGAGUUUGAAUUUUAUACUGACGUCAAUUCGAUUAUAAAUGCUUUAUCGGAUGCCCACACCCAGCUGAUAAGUUAUUGUUAUGAAUCAUUUACAUUCUUUCAAAGAUUAUCGAUGUAUUCAAUCAUACGAGACGGAAAACAAAUAAUCAAAGUGUUCGACGACACUGUUGAUCCGAGCAACGUCGACUGCGAAGUAGUUAGCAUUGACGGCCUACCCGCUUUAGACGUCAUCACCAAAUUCGCGCUUGAUUACGUUGGGUUGACGAAAGAUCUGGGAGUUCGAUUUAACACAGCACUCACGUCCCUAUCUCUCGGGGGAGGGGUCCUUCAGGCAUCCGAAUUUUCGGAACUAUUCACCAGAAGAGUUCAACUACCAUCAGCUCCACAAAUCUCUUAUACUCUCAAUUGCGGUGGAAAUUAUUUGAAACAUUUUAAUCGCAGUUGGACAGUUGAAGCUUCACGCGCAGUGUUAAAUAACUUUACGGACUCUGAGUCAUACCGUAAACUAUUAUGCGUGAAGUCUAAUGGUAAUGGUAUUAGUAAUAAUGCUAAGUCCGUUGUGACUACCCAUCGAUCUAAACGUAAAAUCGACGUAUCAUCAUUGAGCGAAGGAGAACUGAUAGUUGACGCCAUCAUCGCUAGGUUUUACAUUGUACGCGAUUUCGGGGUGGCUGUAAUUUCAACAAUUGACAUUUCGACACUUAGCCAAACUCAAAUUGAGACCGUGUAUGUCAAUUUAAAUAAAGGAUUUCGAUCGUUCGCAGAAAGAAAGAUCGAGAAGGUCGUCCUUGAUUUGAGUGAUAACGGAGGUGGAACUAUUGAAGUCUCCGAAUAUAUCAUUUUGCUCUUGUUUCCCGAUAUCACACCUGGCUUCCAAUUUGACGAACGACUCACAGAUCUUUACAAACUUGCCAUUGAAACUACAUCAGAUAACUUACUCUUAGCUCCAACACCUCCAUUUAAUUAUCAUUCAUAUGUGACAGCUGAGAAUAAGCAAAAUUUUACUUCCGCCCAACAAUUCUUUGGCAAUAACGUAUUUACACGUGGGGGCAUACAAGAUAACUAUUCAUCAAAAUUCUUUAUUAAUUAUGAAGCCGUAUUGAGAGAGAUUCUUAAAGUGGUGCAGGGGCCAAACCCUCCACCACUAAAUUGGACACGUGACAAUAUUAUUAUUUUGUCAAAUGGAUUUUGCGGAUCCGCAUGUUCUUAUGUGGCUCAGAUAUUAGCGGAAAAGAAGCAAAUAAAAACGAUAGCCGUCGGAGGUUUACUGUCGCAAGAACAGCUCAGCUAUUCUUCAUUCCCUGGCGGAUUCGUAUACACAUCUGAUGCGAUAUUUAAGUUGUUAAAUGAAGUUGGUUUAAAUCAUUCCAGUAAUAGUUUAGUACCUAAAGAUUUUUCACUUAGGAUGCGUGUAACUGCACCAUUAAGUGAAGUUUAUAGUAGCAUACUUAAUGAUACGGUAUUGGAAUUUGAGUUCAAGCCUUCCGACUUUAGGUUAUUCUAUGACGAAAAGAGUGCAAGGGAUCCUAGUGUUCUGUGGAUACAGGCCGCAGAUUUGAUCGGAAAAUAA